GAACGCGCUCUUCGCGCGCUUCGCGGAGCCGGCGCACGCGACGUUCGCGCCGCUGCCGAAGCGGCCCGCGGCCGACGACUACGGCGCGCCGCUGCCCGCCGAGGUCGAGCGCGCGCGCGUGGCCCGCGUCCUCUCUGUUUUUUCUCUUCUAACGGCCAAACACACAGGUUCCUCGUGGCGCGCCGGAGCCUCCUCGGCCUCGAGACGCGCGACGGCUACGGCCACCUCCGCGACGACGCGGCGCCGGCAACUUCGGCGACGGAGGCGCCCGCGGCCGUCGAAGCGACGCCCGCGGCGCCGGCGGCGCCGGCCGACGUCGCCUACGACGAGGCGCCGAGCGACGACGACGCGGCCGUGUCGUUCGAGGCGCGCGACGAGGCGCUGGCGAUCCGGUGCCGCGUCGUCCGCGCGCCGGGCCUCGAGGGUCUCUGCGACGGCCGCUCGCUGCGCGCGCUGCUCGCCACGGUCAAGCCGCGUGCGCUCGUGGCACUGCCGGGCCCCGACGGCGGCGCGGCGGCGGCCGCGCUCGCGGCCUUUGCGCGCGAGCGCCUCGCGCCGCGCGGCGGCGCCGCGCACGUGGCGACGCCAGCGGCCGGCGCCGCCGCGGACCUCGGCGCCUGGCUCGGCCGCGCGCCGCUCGUCGACGCGCGGCUCUCGUGGCGCGUGCUCCAAGCCCAAGCCGCCGGCGCCGUCGCUUUAGGCGACGGCUACGACGUCUGCCGCGUCCGCGACGCGGUCCUCGUCGACGCGGACGGCGACGCGCCGCCGGCGCUCGUCCUCGCGCCCGAGCUGCCCGACGCCGCGCCGCCGGCCGCGGGCCCGCGGCCGCCGCGGCUCUGGCUCUCGGCCAAGGACGUCGUGCUGCCGGCGCUCAAGGCGCGCCUCGCGGCCGAGGGCGUCGCGGCGGCCUUCCGCGCCGGGGCGCUCGUCUGCGCCGGCACGGUCGUCGUCCGCAAGACCGUCGACGACCGCGGCGCCGGCCGCAUCGUCGUCGACGGCCCGCUCUGCGACGAGUACUACACCGUGUCUCGCAUCGUCCGCGACGCGUUUGCGCUCGUUUAAGUCCGGCCUUUGCUUUACGUCGUCCG